CUGGCGGACUCGGGGGCGCAGAACCAGGCCGAGACCACGGUGCGCCUGGUGGUCACCCACAGCAACCUGCAGGCAAAGUUCAUGGACAUCCGCCUGGACCUGCACAUGACCAUCGACGCCGUGAAGCGCAAGAUGUGCUUCCACUGCGGCACGCCGCCCUCGGCACAGGCGCUGCAGCUCAAGGACGAGCGCGGGCGGGUGGUGGCGGCCCUGCAGGACGACUCCCGCAAGCUGGGCUUCUACUCUCCCCGCGACGGCUUCAUCCUGCACAUCGUCGACACAGAUCCCACAUCCAUCUCGGCCAACGGGUGGCUGGAGGAUGUGAGCAAGGUGGAGAAGUAUGUGAUGAGCGAUGAGGCGUAUGCGGAGCGGGACAACACGUACCGCAAGUACAAGGAGGCGCGGCUGGCGGCUGACCCCACCUGGACGCUGCAAAAGGAGAUGGCGGCACGCAAGACGGCGUCAGCAGGGGCGGCGGCCAUCCAGGUCGGCAGCCGGUGCGAGGUGGACGGCGGCAAGCGUGGCACGGUGCAUUAUGUGGGGCACGUGGAGGGCCUGCCGCUGGGACACUGGGUGGGCGUGCAGUACGACGAGCCGGUGGGCAAGAACGACGGCAGCAUCAAGGGCAGGCGCUACUUUGAGUGCAGCCCCGGCUACGGCGGCUUUGUGCGCCCCUGCCUGGUGCGUACCGGCGACUUCCCUCCCUUUGACGAAGAC